AUGAAGACUAGCAGUAAAGCUAACUCCAACCCUGAAGUGUUUCUUACCUUGGAUGCAACCUUUACAUAUAUAAGUGUUUCACUGCAAUUUCUAAAAGUAAGAUACCAAUUCUACUCCACUGACACAAAAAUGUCGUGCUCAAAUUUUCUCUUCGCCAUUACCAUUUUCGUCUUAACUUACUUUUAUAGUUUACCUGCAAAUGGUGAUAACCUUCAGGAUACGUGUCCAACUGACACAUCCCCUGAUCAAACCAUGUUUAUCAAUGGCUUUCCUUGCAAAAAUCCAUCAAAUAUAACAACCUCUGAUUUCAAGAAUUUACUACUAAGUCAUCAAGGUAGUACCGACACAUUUUUACGUUCAUCUGUCAUCAUAGUCACUGCUGCUGAGUUUCCAGGCCUUAAUACAUUAGGGCUGUCCACUGCUAGAACCGACUUAGAAGUCGAUGGGCUAGUGAUGCCUCACACUCAUCCUAGAGCCACAGAAAUGAUCUUUGUGGCAAAAGGUGUUGUGAUUGCUGGAUUUAUUGACACAAAUAGCAAACUUUUUCAGAGUGUUUUGAGGGAAGGGGAUGUGUUUAUUUUCCCAAAAGGAUUGUUGCAUUAUUGUAUGAAUUCUGGAUUUGAGGAUGCACUUGCUUACUCGGUGUUUAAUGCUCAAAACCCGGGGGUGGUUGAUAUAUCAAAUGCAAUGUUUGGAGGGGACGCCGAGAUGAUGAAAUUGGCUAUGGCGAAAUUGGUUUCCCUUAACAGGCUGGAAGAUGUUCGUGUAGAUGAUCAUAUGAAUUUAAAUGACGAGCUUUAGUUGCCUUGAUCCGGAGUUUCAGUUUGAAGUAGUUUGUGGGAUAUAUGUGUAGAAUCAUAGAAAACUUUAUGAUGUUGGCUCUUGUUUUUUGUUUUAUUGUUGUUUUUGAUGGGUCAUGUGUGUAUAUGAAAAUUAUGGAUAUAUUGGCACGUAUGUGCUUGUCCAUAUGAAAUACUUCAAUUCUGUAUUCAAUAUCAUUGGUUUGACUAUUUACUGGUCGAAAAUAAGAUUGGUUCCUUUAACACAA